AGGGUUAAAUAAAAAUAAAAUUGCACCAAAUUUUCCGCGAUUUACUGGAUCUUUCUUCUCCGUUGACAUCGAAAGAUAGUAGUUUCUUCUGCCAGAUUUCUUUCAAAGCCCUCCUAUCUUUCCAUUCUUUUCUUUCUUUCAAUUCUGAAAAUUGCAAGCUAUGGGUAACAUCUGCCCUUGUCAAGUUCAAUGCGGAGAUUCCUUCAUCAAUCGCUGCUGGGACUGUACUUCUGGACAAGCAGAGUACAUAUGCCAACUUGAAGAUAAUCUUGAAGCUUUGCAGAUUGCAAGGGAAGAAUUAAGGGAGUUAAAGGAGGAUGUGAUACGAAGGCUUGGUAUUGAGGAAGGAGGGCAUAUGAAGCGGCUGGAACAAGUUCAAGGGUGGCUUUUAAGGGUGGAAGCUAAGAUAACUGAGGUCGAUGAGCUGAUUCAAGAUGGUCCACAACAAAUUCAGAAAUUGUGUCUUGGAGGGUGUUGCUCCAAGAAUCUCAAAUCCAGCUACAUUUUUGGGAAAAGGGUUGCUAGAAGACUGCAAGAUGUGGUUGAUCUAAAAAGGAAAGGAGAUUUCAAGGUAUUGGUCGAGAGGUCUGCUGGAGAACCAGUGAUCGAAAGGCUUAUCGAGCCAACAAUGGGCCUGGAAGGUAUGUUGGAUAAAGUGUGGAAUUGCAUGAUAGAAGAAGAAGUAGGACUUGUCGGCAUAUAUGGUAUGGGGGGAGUUGGUAAAACUACCCUCUUGACCCAAAUCAAUAACAAGUUCCUCGACACACCCCAUGAUUUUGAUGUUGUGAUUUGGGUAGUGGUGUCAAAAGAUUUGAGACUUGAGAAAGUUCAAGAAGAAAUUGCCAAAAAGAUAGGCCUUUCAAGUGAUGGGCAAUGGCAAUAUAAAAGCUUUAAUGAGAAAGCUGCAGAAAUCUUCAAAGUAUUGCGGAAAAAGAAGUUUGUAUUGCUAUUAGAUGAUAUAUGGAAGCGAAUUGAGCUUAAAGAUGUUGGGGUUCCUCUCUCGAAAAGACAGAACAGGUCCAAGAUAUUGUUUACAACACGUUCCAAGGCUGUGUGUAGUAAUAUGGAGGCUGAAAAGAUAAUUAAAGUUGAACCGUUGGUCUGGGAAAAAGCUUGGGAAUUGUUUCAGGAGAAGGUUGGGGCAGACACACUUGGUGCGGAUCCAGAUAUUCCUGGCGUAGCUGAAGAUGUGGCUAGAGAAUGUGCUGGUUUGCCACUCGCACUCAUCACCAUUGGUCGUGCCAUGGCCUGCAAGAAAAUGCCACAAGAGUGGAGGUAUGCCGUUGAGAUGUUGAGAAAAUCCGCCUCAAAUAUGCAAGGUAUGGGGGAUGAAGUAUUUCCAAUUUUGAAGUUCAGUUAUGAUAAUUUACCGAAUUAUAAAGUCAAAUCAUGUUUUCUGUAUUGUACUCUGUUCCCUGAGGACUACAAAAUUUCCAAGGAUGGGUUGAUAGAGCAUUGGAUUUGUGAGAAAUUUUGGGAUGAUGGCGUUAAUCAAGUGGACGAGUUCAAUGAGGGGUAUACUAUUAUUGGCAUGCUUGUUCAUGCAUGUUUAUUGGAAGAUGAUGGCAGUUCUGUAAAAAUGCAUGAUGUGAUUCGUGAUAUGUCUCUAUGGAUAGCAUGUGAAGUGGAAAAGGAAGAGCAUAAAUAUUUGGUGCAGGCAGGUGCUCAAUUAACCAAAGCACCAGAGAUGGAAAGAUGGAGAGGGACAAAAAGAUUGUCAUUGAUGGAAAACAAUAUUGAGCAACUAACAGAAGUGCCUAGAUGUCCUGAUCUUUUGACCCUGUUUCUAUGUGGUAAUGGCUAUUUCAAGAUUAUCCCUGAUGACUUCUUUCAAUUUAUGAAUGCACUAACAGUUCUAGACUUGUCAGAGACUGCAUUAAAAUUUUUGCCAAAUGGGAUUUCAAAAUUGGUAUCAUUACAAUAUCUGAAUUUAUCAAGAGCCAAGAUAAAAGAACUGCCUUCAGAGUUAAUGGCUCUAAAAAAGUUGAAAUAUUUGAACUUGGAGCAUAAUUAUGACCUACAUAGCAUUCCAAGAAAGAUGAUGUCUGGUUUUCCAUUGUUGCAAGUUUUGAGAAUGUUUAGUUGUGGUGUAGUCUGUUAUGUGCAAGAUGAAGAUGCUAUAAAUGUAGAGAGACUAAUGUUAUUGAAGCAUCUGAAAGUAUUGAGCAUCACAAUAAGACAUGCUUAUGUUCUCCAUCGUUUUCUCACCAGCCACAAACUAUUAAGCUGUACUCAAGCUUUAUCUCUUCAGGAUUUGAUGGAUGCCGAAUUUUCAUCUUCAACAAAUAUGCUGCUACAAAAAGCAAAAUCACAAGCUCCUGAUGGUCUCCAUAACCCAGCAAGGUUAAGAAAGAGAAGCUUUGACAGGCUUCGGCAUGUGGAUGUGACACGGUGCCUUCAAUUGCAGGACUUGACAUGGCUGAUUCUAGCACCAAACCUGACAGAACUAUACGUCUCCAAGUGUGAAAAUUUGGAAGAAAUAAUUAGCUUUGGAAAAUUGGGUAAGGUUAUGGAUAAGGAAGAAAAUCUAAACCCAUUUCCAAGACUCAAAGUCCUGAAAUUAUAUCAAUUGCUACGAUUGAAGAGCAUAUAUUGGAAUGCCCUGCCAUUUCCAUUUCUUGAGGAAAUCACUGUAAUUGAAUGCCCAUUGCUUAAGAAGCUUCCACUCAACACUGAAAGCGCAAAAGGUAAAGUUGUCAUUGAAGCAGAGAAACACUGGUGGGAUAGCGUUCAGUGGGAUGAUGAAGCUUCUAAAACUGCUUUUCAGUCCGGUUUCCAAGAUCUUGGGAGACGGUCUUGAUUUUCAUUUCUGCAUUAUUUUCUGUCCUGGAAAGUCUUGUAUUGGUCCAUGCAAUAUAACCAUGAAUCUUCUGUAGUUCUCUAUUUAUUUUGAAGGUAAUUUUAUUAGGAAUAAAGGGCAUAAUUUGACUCGUUAUGAAUUGUGGGUUGCUAACCAAUGGAGAAAGAUAUAGGCAGCAUUUCAGUCCCUCUCCUUUGUGCUCUGUUUGUAUGUCGGAUUCCUCCAUGACUGCUCUGUUGCGCUGCAGUUAUGGAACUUGCUUCAUUCCCCCUUCGACUGGUCAGUUUUUAGUGAUGGCUCAAUUUCUGUGCAAGAAUCCUUGGCCCUCUUUAGUUCAAAAAAUCCGUUGAAGUUCGCUGCCCUCUCUGAAAUCCAUAGAAUUUAUUUUUGGGUUAUUGUAUAUUUGUGUUGAUUGUUGAAAUUUGGAUUCAAUUUGUUGGAUAUUCAACAAUUAUUUGAACUUCUGGAUUUCUUGUUU